UUUUCCCUAAAUUUUCUUGCCUCCUCAUUUUCAUCUCCUUCAUUAAAACAGCUAUUUCUUAUCUUUCUCUGCUGGCAUACAAAAUAAUUUUAUUCUGUACCAGAAAAGAAAAGGAAAGAAAAAAGAAAAUCAUUUGUCAGUUUGAUCUAUUGCUCUUGUGGGCCUGCGUAACUGAUUAGAAAUUUCAGUCACCAGUUUGAUUUAUUGCUCACGGGGAAGCACACAUGAUAUCUAAUAAUGUGUAAUAACUCUUUGUUCCUUGUUUUGUUGCCUUUUUUAAGACCUUUUCGACUUGGUAGUUGGUUCUUACUGGGGGCUCUGUUUUUCAUUGCUUGUGUAGAUGGAAAUCCGCGCUGAUUUGAUGGAUGCUCAUUUGUAUGUAUUCAAGAGGUCUGUUUUGCAAGAAAUACUUGAUCAAAAAGAAACUUUUCAAAGCUUAAGGCAGGAUGUACUUCCUUAUCUUGUCAGGAGCCAGCUGAGGUCUGAAUUAUCAUUGCAUGGGGCGCAAUCAGAAGAAAAUGGAAAUGACAAAGUUGCUUCCCAGGACAACAAAGUAUCCCAAUAGAUGGAUUUUGUGAUAUUUUAGUUUUUUUUUUUUCUUAUCACAUUAUUAGAAUUCAAUUAGAAUUUCAAAGUCAAGGAGAUACCAUUGCGCUUUUUAUUGAUAUUUUUUUCAAAGGUUAAAAAAAACACCUGAUUGUUGAGCAGGCAAUAUUGACUUUGUCCGCUUAAGAUGCUUUAUAUGCACCUUUUCGGAGAUGGUUGAAUAAUAUUUUCUUCUUUUAAACUUUUUUUAUAUUUUGGUAAAUUAUAAAUACACUUCUUAAGAUUUUAUUAAAAUAUAAAUCAUUUUUUGUGAUUUUAAAAUUACAUUUCACUUUUUGAGAUUUCUAAUUUUAUGACAAAUUAAAAUGGCAUUCCAUCUGCUGUGACUUUUAAUUUCACAAUAAAUUAUUCAUUUU